AUGGCCAAGUCAAAGGGAGGCGCAGCAGAUGCAGCAGAUGGGGCAAGCGAGGCCGAGGAGAAGGCGGGCAGGCAGACACAGGCCCAGGAGCAAAGAUCAGAGAGUGCUGCGGGCUGUGUGAAGGCGGAAGAAGGUAGGGCGGAGGCGGGCAGGUUAGCGGGAAGUGGAGUGGGUGCUGAUGCUGCAGGUGCUGUUCGAGGGAGUGCAGAGGAGCGAGCAGCAGAGGGGGAUGGAGCGGUGGGAAUGGAGGUGGAAGGGGGAGAGGCGAGGCUGCUAGGCGAUGGACAAGAACGGGUUGACGGAGCCAAUGGGGUCAAUGCAGUCAAUGCUAUGACAGAAGCGCAGCAGUUGCAUGAUAUGCGCACCGGCCCACCCAGUGCCAACGAUGCAAUAAGUGCUGAUCCUGCUGCUGCUGCUGCUGAUGGUGGUGGUGCUGGCGGCGCUGGUGCUGCUGCUGCUGCUGGUGGUGGUGGUGGUGCUGAUUCACAUAAGGGAGAAGCGGCUGGAGAGGCAGCAAGCGAUGCAUUGGAACAACGGGGACUGCCAGCCCAGCCAGCCUUCUCCUCAAUGCCUCGCUCCCAGUCGUCCCCUGCGCCCACCACGCCCUCUCGCCCACACUCCGCCCUUCACUCCGCUGCCCAUUCCGACCAACACCUCCUGGCGCACAACCACCAGGCGCUCCUCACAGCCAUGCGCGGAGGCGCCAGCAGCCUAGGGGGGGACGUGCCCCUCGCCAUAGGAGGGGGCAUGGCCAGCAGCAUGCGGGGCAAUGUGCCCCGUGGGGUAGGAGUGGUGGGGGAGAUGGCCCUUGGGAACGUACCUAUGGGCGGGGGGGAUGUGGAGGAGCUCUUCAUGAUGUCCCACAUGAUGUCUGCCUGGCCAGGAUUCUCUGGGUUUGAUCUGCCAGAGGAUGUCAAGCCGGGUACGCUGCCCCUCCCUGCGAAUCUUCCUGCUAAUCUCCAUGCCAAUCUCCCGGCUGGCCUCUCUGCAACUCUCCCUGUGGGGCUGUCUGCGACCCCGCCGCUGCAGUACCUGCCGCAGUUUGCUGCUGCUGCUGCCGCGGGUGGAUUGGCUGGCUCUGUUGCUGGGAACGCUGCUGCUGCUGCUGCUGGUAAUGGCACUGCUGGUGCUGGUGCUGCUGCUGGUGCUGGGGCAUGGGCCAUGAACGGCACAGCUGGCCUGAGCGGCCUAGGCAGGAUGACUGAGUUGACUGAGUUGACCGAUUUUACCGGGCUCAACGGCAUGGCUGGGUUAAAUGCCUUUGGUUCCUGGCCAGGUAUGGCAGGCAUGGCCGGAGCAGCUGUGUGGUCGGCAGGAGGUGCGGUAGAGGCAGGAGCCCAGGCAGCAGGUUCGGCAGUGAGGUCAGCGAAUGGGUUGGGGGCAGGCAUGGGUGGGGGGGCAGGCGUGGGUGGUGGUGCAGGGAAGGGAGUGGGUGCGAGCACAGAUGCAGAGGUGCUGGCGCUGACAGCGGCUGUUGCAGCACGAGCAGCAGGGACAGGCAGCAGCGGUGGUCCAAGUGCUGCUAGUGGUGCUGCUAGUGGUGCUGCUGGGAGUGAUGGUGGUGGUGGUGGAAUGAGCAAUGGAGGGGGUCAAGCUGCCAUGUGGGCCGGUCGGAUGGCAGGGGGGGGCAUGCCUGGUGGCAUGGCGGGGGGAGGCAUGGCGGGGGGAGGCAUGGCAGGGGGAGGCAUGGCGGGGGGAGGCAUGGCAGGGGGAGGCAUGGCGGGGGGAGGCAUGGCACCUGUGAUGAGAGGCUUGCCGGGAGGCGAUAUGAUGGCGCGGCCAGGUGGCAUGGUGAUGAUGGGUGGUCAUGAACCGGGGCAAGGCAUGGCCGCUGGUAUAGCUGCUGGUAUGGCUGGUGGUAUGGGAGGUGGUAUGGGCGGUGGCAUGUUGGGUGCAGGCAUGGGGGGUAUGGCAAUGGGAGCAGGCAUGGGAGGAAAUAUAGCUACUGCAGGCUUGGGAGUGCAUGCGCGGCCAGGCAUGGGGAACUACAGUGCUAGUGCAAUGGACAUGGAAGGCAUGAUGGAUCUUCCUAUGCCUAUGGGCAUGAGUGGGGCUUCUUCAGAGCAUUUUUAUGUUCCAGGAAUGCUGCCUGGAAUGUUCAAGUUUUCAGGGUCGUCUGGUGGUGUGAUUCAAGGAGCAGGAACUGGUGGUGUUGGCGGUAUCAUCCCCUCGAGCGGCAUUCGCGGCGUUCUGCGCCGAGCGGAGCCGCUCGACGCGUGUCAGCCGCUCGCGCCCCGCGCAAAGCGCGCCGAGCGGGCCUUCGCGCUGAUCACACGUGGCAACUGCCUAUUCGACACCAAGGUUCUGAACGCGCAAGUGGCGGGGUAUGCGGCCGCGAUAGUGUUCAAUAACGAGGACAACGACGAGCUUAUAUCGAUGUCGGCGCGCAACGUGUGGGACGUGGCGAUCCCCGCCGUCUACAUCUCCCACGCGGACGGCCAUUUGCUACUCUCGCUCCUCGCCGCGCAACCCGCGUCGCUCCUCAUCCUCCUCCCCACCCUCUCCGGCUCGCUCCUCCCGCUGCUCGCCGCGGCGCUCCUCGCGCUGCUCACGCUCUCCGUCUUCCUCUCCGCGUUUCUCAUAAUUAUGCGCCAGCAGCGGAUACGGCGCGCGCUCGAGGAGGCCCGGAGGGGCGGCGCAUGGGGGGCGGGGGGGGCGGAAGCGGAAGCCGCCGGGGGGAUGGGGGAGGAGGGGCUGGUGGUGAUGCGCGCGCUGCUGCUUCCGCCGCCGCGGCCGCUUGAUAUCGGCUUAUCAGCCGCGGAGCUGAAAGCGCUUCCAGAAAUAACAUACUCGCCUUCUAUGGAGGAUCUCGCGGAAGCUUGUAAAGGGGAUAAUGGAGUGGAGGAAGGGGAGGAUGCGGAUGAGUUGGGAGAUGUGGAGGAGGGGAGGGUGCAGGGGAGCAGUGAGCAGGGAGAGGAGGGAAAGGAGGAGGGAAAGGAGGCGGGAAAGGAGGCGGGAAAGGAGGCGGGAAAGGCGGCGGGUAGGAGGAGGAGAGGAUGGAGCAGGGCGCUAGAGACGUGCGCCAUCUGCCUGGACGAUUACCAAUCCGGCGACCGCCUCAGAGUGCUGCCCUGCGGUCAUGGUAAGCUUGCCCUCUCCCCCAACCUCUCCCCCGCCCCCCCUUCCCUCCCGCAUGUUUUCAACCCCUCAUCCCUAUGCGCGAGGGUACCUUAA